AUGACAGUGCUCAGUACAACUAUUGGUAUCAUAUUCUUUUUACUUCACUCUUCUUCUGGAGAAAGUGGCUGCGGAAAAGAUGAUGGAUUUGAAGAUGAGGAACAGGAUGACUAUGAAUUCACUUGCUAUAGUCAGCUACAAGGCUAUGGCCAGGAACACGCUCUGACGUGUUAUUUCAAUAAUUCGACACUCAACAGCACCAGUUUGGAGCUCAAGCUAUGUGGUGCAUUUAUGUCUGAGCAGCAAUGCAAGAUGAUGAUAAAAAGGGAAAAGGAUUAUUUUAUGAAAUCAAGAUCAUUUUCACUGAUUAACACUUGUGAGAUACAUGUGAUGCUUGGAAGAAACAAGGUGAAUUACAAAUCAUUGAGGAUUACCAAAAUAGUUAAACCUGAAGCUCCUUUUGACUUAAAUAUCACCUACCGCAAGGCAGCAAAUGACUUUGUGCUAACAUUCAAUACAACACACUCGUGGAAUGACUAUGUAAAAGACUUAAUCCAUGAUGUAGCCUAUCACCAAGAAAAAAGCCAAAGUGACUGGAUGCAUAUAAGCUCAUCCUAUCCUCAUAUAACACUUCUGGAGAGAAAGCUACAACCGAAUUCAACAUAUGAGGUUAAAAUACGAUCACUUCCCAGUGGAGGGUAUUUUUCAGGAUACUGGAGUGAUUGGAGUCCCACUGUAUACUUCAGAACACCACUGAGACCCAAAGCAGAGGAGCUGGAUUUUGUCAUGCUCUUCAUCAUCACUCUGAGCUUCUCCUUUGGGAUCCUGGGGAUUGUUGUGAUCUGUUUGCUUUGGGAAAAAAGAAUUAAGCCUGUUUUGUGGCCCAACCUCCCUGACCACAAGACGACUCUGGAACAGCUGUGUAGGAAACCACAAAAGAAUUUCAGUAAUAGCUUCAAUCCAGAAUGUUUCCUGGAUGAUCAGAUUCAUAAAGUGGAUGGCAUUCAAUCCAAAGAAGAGGUGGAAGGCUUUCUGCAAGUCUUACUCCCCCAAGAUAUCAAUGCAGCAGAGAAGUUUGGUCUCAGCCCUGACUGGCCAUCUGAGAAUAAUGUCAUCCCUCCAGUGGCUUAUGGAGGAAACUCACCCCCAACUUGUCUGGGUGGGAACUUCAAUACAUCUGACCUUUCUAUGGUCAUGGCUUCUAAGUCACCCAAUCAGCAGGAGAAUAGCAAAAAUGAAGCUCAUUCCUGUGGGGGCCUGCUUCUUAGCUCUGAUUCCAGAAAUAGUGCCCUCGCAUUCCCUUUUCCACUCAGACUUGGAGUCUUAGCUCCAAAUCCAACUGCCCCAGGACAACCAAUCAAUGCAGACCUAAGGUUAAGUCAAGAGGAAGCAUAUGUCACCAUGUCCAGCUUCUACCAGAACAAGUGAGCCUUAAAAAGUCCUUGAUUUGAGCAUCACAGCCAACAGAGACAACAAAAGGGGUUAUUUAAAGCCCCAAUUUCCCAGCCUGAAUCAAGUCACUGAAAAAAAACACAACAUAAAAAGGAAAAAGAAACUUUUCUAUUUGUCAUGCAUCUAAAUAUAUCAAAUUUGGGAACACCUUGUUGGCCAUACUCUAGUCAAAUGAUGCUUUCGUCUGGCAAGAUUAGAGUGUCCUUGCUCCUACACUGACAGAUUUCAGGAACAAAUUAUCAAGCUAUUCUAUUCUUUGAAAAGGAAGAAGAAGAGAAAAGGAGGAGGGGAAAAGGGAAAGAUGAAAAGGAGGAUGGGAAGGAGAAGGAAAAAAAGAAAAAAGUAAUUUUAAAAAAUAAGGGAGAAGUGAUGGAUGAGACUCAUAAACCUAUGAUACACUUUCAUAAUUGGAAACUGGCAAUACAGGUACAGAAAUUAAGAAUAUCAAAGAUAUUAGACCAUUCUGGCUUUUCUCCCAGCUACUCUGAGCCACCUGUUGUACACAGUUUUGUAGUUUGUCAUUUAACCACAGACAGUUUCUGGCAGUGGAAAUACCACCCUCAAACCAGGACUGCCACAUCUUGGGGAUAUACUCUACUUCUUUUUUUCCCUUUUUUAUUUAGAAUAUUU